AUGCAAACCACCCUCCCCCACCUCUCUACGGGGAUCCACGGCUCGGUCUACGCCUAUCGCAAGCCAGCCACCGCUGUAGAAGGGCAAAAAGAAGAGCGUGAAUCGGUGGAUCUUUCAGCUCACGGCCCGUCGGGCUGGGCAGUCGUCAAGGUCGUACGCGCCGGUCCAUCGGGAAAGACGCGUGAGCUCAAGCCUCACAAUGUUCUGAGAGAGGUGUUAGUGCUGCAGAAGGCGAAGCACCGCAACAUCGUCCGAGUUCUCGAUUAUGCCUGGUCCGAAAGCGUAUGGGAACAUCAGCUUGCUCUGCCGCUCCUAGCUAUCACCUUCCGCGUCCUGCUUGACUCCUCCCUACUCGAUGCUGUAGCCUCCAGGGCGGAACAAGAGGACCUACCCGACCUAUCCCGGCUUUCCGUCGCGUCCUCGCAUCCUCCUUCCGUCCUCGAGACUCUCUUCCGGUCCGUUGCUCUGCAGCUCCUCAUUGCUCUCGGACAUCUACACGCCCUCGGCAUCGCUCAUCGCGAUGUCAAGCCGGAGAACAUCAUGCUGGAUUGGGACGGGACGGUGGUGUUAAUCGAUCUCGGGAUCGCGUGGGACGAGGAGGGGGAAGAUUGGGGUACUGAAUGGAAAGAGGAUAGGGAGGAUAUGUGCUGUGAGGUCGGGACGGGACCAUACCGCGCCCCAGAGCUCCUCUUCGGCCCAAUCACAUAUGAUGCUGCGGCAAUCGAUCUCUGGGCGGCCGGCUGUGUCCUCGCUGAGUUCUUUACCGCGUCGGUCCAUCAUGCUGCGUUGGAUAUCGACCCGCUCGACCAAGAUUCGGACGCUAUGGCUGGGGACGGGCAGUGGGAUGCCAUCCCGGAUGAAGGACGUCAGAGCCUCUUCGACAGCACAUACGGCGACCUUGGCCUGGCGGGCAGUAUCUUUGGCGUGCGAGGCUCGCCGACUUCUACGUCCUGGCCGGCUUUCCAGUUUCUACCCGACUCAAACAAAGUCGCUUUCGCCGCUCGGCCUCCGCGACUCCUCGGGUACGUCCUGCCAGGGCUGGAAGCUCUUUUGGAUCCAGUGCCCGCGAGGGACUUGCUUGAUGCUCUGCUCGCGCUCGACCCAUCGCGGCGAAUACCGGCCGCGUCUGCUUUGCUGCUGGACGUCUUCGUCGCAGCGCCCGUCCUCGGAGAUAGGAGGCAAGGUCCAGCUGCUGGAGCGCGUAGGGGGUCGGAGCAUACCGGAUCUUCUGAGGGGUCUGCUGGAUCCGGCGAGGCGGCGUUGGGAGUAGAUGCAAACAUGACCUGGACCCGGGCGCUCACGUUUGACUUUACCAAGGACAUUCACAAUCUACCACCGAGUCACUCCCUGCUCGGUAUCCGUCAGCCACAGUCACCGCCGGUGCAUGACCGCUCUCGCGAGUCCUCUGGUCUCCUAGCUGGUCUCCUCCCUACUCGUACUGCGGUCCCUAGCAACUCCUCAUUCCUCUUCUCGGCUGAAUCUCGGAUGAAAACUCUGGCUCCUCAGAACUUUACGUAA